AGGGUUAACGUGGAAACCACUCUACUUCCAAUGCAAAGAACGAAGUACUAGAUGUUUGAGCUCAUCAUCAGACGAGUAAUAUUGAUACUCUUUUCUAAGAGCAGUGAUAAUUCGUCGACGUUUAUUACCCUUGUCGAGUGAGUCCUUUGCUCUUGUUGAAGAGUCAUAUGUCACUUAGAAGCUGGAACAGUUGAUAACUUCUUUUUUGUUGUUGUUGAGUUCAGCUAGAGCUGCCUGCAGGUUCUUCACCACGUCCUCUACUUCUAAGACGGUCCCCUUCAAAGAAACCGGAAAAACUGAAGAAGGAACAUGUCUGCGGCCGUGACGAGUUUAGUUUGGGUGCCAAAAGGGCGCGCCAAGAAGCGACCCGCGAAAUGGGAGGCCACGGACGAGGAGCUGAAAGAACUGGAGGAGCUGUACGGCAUUGAGGGUGACAUUGAGGAGGAGGAAGAAAAGAGGAUCGCGGCUGACCCAAGAAAAAAGAACAAAGACGUCGCUGAGGAGGACGAAGCCGAAGAUCAUGGCGUUGAGGACGAUGCUGAAGGUCUUCAAGGUGAGGACAAUGCAGAAGGUCAUCAAGGUGAGGACGACAUCGACGUCGGCAUGGACGUGGAAGGUCAAGAGGAGGAGGGCCAAGCAGAAGAAAAGGUGCAGGAGGAAGAUUUGGCUUCACACAGCAUGCUGAAUGUGUACAGCAUGAACAGCGCCGAGGAGCACGAAGCCGCGCUGGCAGAUCCGUUGCUGUCACCGGAGCAGCAGGACAGCGACAGCGACGACGACGAACUGCUGCCAAGCGACAACAUUUUCUUAGCGACCAGCUGCGAGGAUGAACAGUGCACCCUAGAAGUCUUCGUGUACGACCAGGCGGAGGGCGCCAUGUUCGUGCAUCACGACAUCUCUCUAAACGCCUACCCACUCUGCGUGGACACGGUGUCCCUCUCGUCCACUCCCGGUCGGGAGAACCUAGCGGCCGUCGGUCAGUUUGAUUGCAACAUUGAUAUUUGGAAUCUGGACGUCCUAGAGCCGAUGGCCCCCGUCGUCACCCUGUCUGGCGGCGAAAGCGCUGGAGGAGCGACUAAAAAGAAGUCAAAAAAUAAGACAACAGCGAAGAAUCACUCAACAGUUAUGGCUAAUGAUUCCAUUCCUAAUAUGCAGUAGUUUGUGUUUCAUGUGUUUUAAUGUAGUCUCUGUAGCUGAUUACGAAGAUUAGGAGCAAUCACAGCCGAUUGAUACGGAUGAUAUUAGCUGCCAUUGACUAGCUUGUAAAAGAGUAAGAGAAAUUUAUCUAGGAGGCACACGAUCAUGAUUAUCCACAUCGUUUUUAGAAGAAGUAGCCACAGCCAUUUUCAUACGUAAAAUUACUGACGAACUUACAGUUAUAAUAUAACAAGGAGUUGUGUCUUUUAUUAUAGAUACCUCGUCGUCGUGGACGUGGACGUCCACUAAUUAGUACUUACAAGAAGAAGUAGUCGUGAUGUCCUCUAAUUAAAGCGGUCACACCGGUGCGGUGAUGAGCGUACACUCGCAUCCUUCGGAGAAGCACCUUCUAGCAAGCGGCGGCGCAGACAAUCUGUUGAAGAUAUGGGACAUUGAGCAGGCGACAUGCGUCCAUUCUUUCAAUCACCACGAGGAUAAGGUAGUGCGAUUGAAUCUUGUACAUGAAGAUAAGGAAAAUCUUAAUCUUGUACAUCAUCAUCAUCAUCAUCCUCCUCUAUGUUAUCUUUCUAGGUUCAAUGCGCUAGGUGGCAUCCGUCUGAGCAGGCAGUGGUGUUGAGUGCGGGCUACGAUCGGAAGGUGGCUUUGUUGGAUGUGAGGAAAAAGUCUAGUGCUGCAGUAAAAAUGGACCUCUCAGCUGAUGCUGAACAAGCUUGCUGGAACCAAGAAAUGUUAUGGAUUUUCGUGAUUCAACUAGUCUUAAGACUAAGUAAGAGGCAGGUGUAUCUGACUUUCUCUGAACCGUGGGGAAGGGUGGAAAAACAUGUGAAAGAUUAAGAUAAUUAUGUACUCAGACAACUCUAAAAAUACCCAAUCUUUUCUACAUCAGCACAGAAGACGGGCAAGUGUCCUGUUUCGAUGCGAGGAAAGUCGUUGCGACAAAAGAAGCCACUUCUGCUCUCUGGACACUUCACUGCUUUCAAAAAGUACAGUUUCAGUUUUUGAUGUGUAGUACUCGACUCUAGUGUAUGUACAGAUUCAGUUUUUUUUGGCCAAAAUCUUGUAUAGGCUUGUAGUAAUUCAGUGCCCUCAUGUAUAUGCAUGAGUAUGUUCAGUAUUUACUCUCUGCUGUACCGAUAAGUACGUUGUUUUGUCCAGGAUGAGGAACUCUCUGGUCUGCGUCUGGUGCACUAGUAUUAUGCAUAGUUUUCAACUGUUACUGUUGUACUAGUAGUAGGACAAAAGAUGGACAGAUUUGGUUAUAAUCAGUUAUAACAUGCAGCUCUGAGCUGUCUUAAACUGCAUUUCCUGAAACUUCAAAAAUAUUCCCAAAAUAGGGCGCUUGCAGUGGUCUAGCGCAGCGUAAAGACGUAUUGCUAGUGGGAGGCACAGACGGCGUUGCGAAAGUAUACGAUUUGCGCGACCUCCCAGUUAAGGCUAGAAGAUGAGCUUGUCGAGUAGAUCCGUCCCACUUGUACUAGAAAAUUAAUAAAACUAGUACAGCGUAGUACAGUAGUAUAUAUUUCCAAUCUUUGAAAAUGAAAGAUUCAUGAAUCAUCAUAUAAUUCCAAUCUUGCGAGGAGAACUACUCGGGAUGUCAAUCAAUCAAUGGGUCAUCCUGGAAGAUGAACUUAUUAGUGAGCUUGUACUUUGGUACCAGUACUAGUGCAUACUGUUAUUAGUGAGCUUCUACUACUACUAUCUCAUCAUGCGUAUCAUUCUCCACACAUCACACCCACACGCACACACUCUCUCUCUCUUUCUCUCUUGCGUAUCAUUCUCCACACACACCCACCCACACUCUAUGUCGCUCUCUCUCUAAGUUAUGGAAGCAAGACGUUCCGGUGUUUGAGAAGACGAUGGCGAUCGGGCCCAUAUUUGCGUGUGCUGGGCCUACGCACGGCAGCAAUGAAGACAGCAUGUUUUUGCUCAGUGGGCACACGGUUGCCCUAUGGGACUUGGCAAGCGAGAAGGCGCUGGCGGACCGCUUUGGAUGGUAGAAUCCCGUAGUCGUUGUUAUCACGAUCCUGUAUCAGGAUCUUAGUAGUCCUGUAGUUGCUCUGUACCUCAAGGUUUGUCAUGAUGAGCUGCCUGUAUCUUUAUCAUGCUGUUCUUGAUGCUGUUGUUGCGGACAAAGGAAACGAUGAUGUGAGGAGGAGGUGACGACUAGUUUGCAGCGUUGGUUCAGAGGUGAAGGAAAAAGGCUGAACAUGUAGAAGAUGAUGCUGAGAGCAGCUUAGAAAAAAGUCUGGAGAAAAGCUUGCUGUUGUAUGAUGUUGGGGAUAAGAAGUUGUUCGUAGUAUCGUCCCACACAAAGUAGAACGGUAGCUACUUACUUGAGCUGUGCAGUUCAUGCUCCAGGGCUUUCCUUUACUACAAUUGGGCGGCAGAAGCAGAGCUUCUCUUUGAUAGGGCUUCUUAGGCGAUCGAGUAAGGAUUGCAAGACGAAGCGCACACACGACGUGUUCCACGAGGAACAACUACAAGAUAUCUAUUCUACAACAUCAUGAACAUCCUCACUUGUCAAAGCAGAGGACGACAGUUAUCAAAGUAGAGGUCGACAUGGCUUUUCACAUUCUCACGUCAUCCAUCGCAGGAGUACUGAUGUAACAGUAACUAAGACGUCCCUCACAACUCUGCAUCUCCUUACAAUGAUUGUCUGCUUACAAGGAUUGA